GUGUAUUUUUCAAAAAUAUCUCCGUAAGUUAUGGCAUGUAAUCAUCAAGAAAAAUUAUCAAGAUUAUGUAGAAUUUGUAGAAAUAUAUUAGGAAAAGACAGUUUAAAAACUGAUUCUAAAAUUGAUCGAAUAUAUAAAGUGUUUAGUAUAAAUAUAUCAGAAGAUUCUCAAUAUAUUCAUCCAAAGAAAAUGUGCAUGAGAUGUUAUACUAAUCUUAGAAACAUCGAAAAUAGAGGUAAUAAAGUUUUUAAAACUCCAAAAAUUUGGUUAAAAUGUCCUUCAAUUGAAUGCAAAUGUAUUUUUGGCAUUCUUGGUCGAAAACCAAUAUCCAAUAGAGGACGACCAGGAAAGGUUAAAAAAUGGACACAGUUUUAAUUAGAAUCAUUUCUUGAUUCAUUACCUAUGCCUAAAGAUAGAAAAAAUUUUCUAGAACUAAACCAUAUUCUAAAUCCACAUAUAAAUUUAUGCAUUUGUAAAAUUUGUGGAGAAGUUAUGAAUCAGCCUGUGAUGCUGAAAAAUUGUCAACAUUCAUUUUGUAGUUCAUGCAUUUUGUCAAAUGUUAAGGAUAAAUUUGAAUGUGAUUCAAACUGUCCGUUAUGUAAAACCAACAUCACAAUUGAUAGCCUUACCUAUUCCAUCCAUAUAUCUGAAAUCUUAGAUUAUUUAACUAUUGUUUGCAAGAUUUGUAACAAAAAUGUACUUUUAAAAGAUAUUAAUUGUGAAAAUCAUGACUGCAAAAAAUUAUUAAACAACACUAUAGAUGAAAGCAAAAAAAUAGUUAGUAUAAAUAAUUUUUACCAAGUCACUGACUCAAGUGAAAUCACACGAGAGGUUGAAGAUGCUGUUUUACAUGUCAUUAAAAAAAAACUGAAUCAGUCUAAAACAUCCAUAAUAGAAUUUUCAUCUGGUGGACCUAGGCCACUUUGUUUUGUUUUUGCUCCAAAAGUUUAUGUAGAAAGUGCACACUGUAGUAAUAAGACCUUAAGUAAAAGGCAGAAACAUUUAAUGCAACAAGUUAAUCAUACUGCUGGUUGUUCACAGGAAUCUAAAAUUUGUCAAACAUCUGUAAUGUUAAAGUCAUAUGAUAAAGAUGAAGCAAAUGAAAUGUUAAAAAAAGCAAAUAUUGGAACUAUGGAUUUAAAUGCAAGAGAAAUGGUUGCUCUAAAAGCUGAUAUGGGUAUUCCAUGGAAUAAAUUAAAAACUAUGGCUAGGUGGUUAAAUUCCAAAAAUAUUACCACUGCUUCAAAUAACAAAGAUUUGUUGCAAAAGAAUGGGCUGGAAUUGAUAUAGUUGUUUUAAAUGGACCAUUUACAUUUCAAAAUGAAAAUAAUCAUGAUGUUUAUGAAAUUAAACUAGCUCAUUGGGCAUAUAUCAAGAACCUACCUAACAAUAUAGAGAAUCUACUGAAUCUUCUUGAAAAGUUUAACCUUAUUAAUCAUGAUGGGAUUAAAAAAGAUGAAAUACAUAUAAAAAUUGGUGGUGAUCAUGGAGGUGGUUCUUUUAAAAUGAGCUACCAAAUUGUUAAUCAAAAUCAGUCUAACUCAAAAUCAAAUAGUUUUGUGUUUAGUACUUUUUAAACAAAAGACUAUUGCACU